CGCAGAUCAGCGAUAUGAAUCUGCAUCGUCGGAUGGUGCGGACGUUUUACCUGGAUAAUUUGUUAUGGGCGACCGCUAGAUUACAAAGACAUGUGUGGGUGGCGGCGAGUGAAGAGGAGCUGAUCUUGCCAGUAUGGACGGCUGAGAGACGGGAUAGACUUCACGAGGAUUUGCUGCGGUACACGCAAGCAGUGAAAUCCUUCGAGUACUGGAAAACGAGCAUGAUGCAAACCGUCGACCUCGUCACGCCUCCGAAUUACGAUACCUACGGCCGCACCCUCGCCAUGCUCGAAUGCGCAUCCCAUCAUGAAUGGGACCCUUCCGCCUUGGCCACGAUAAAGUCCAUUUCCAACACCCUGUUCAAAGACCUCGCAGACUUCUCUCGAACCCAAGCUCCCGCCCACCUCCAGCGCGCCGACCGUCUCAACGCCAAAUGCCGAAAACGAGGGUUGCUGAAUCGUAUGGCGAUGUCGACGUUUGGGGGCCUUACGCUGAUUGUGCCAAUGUUGAUUAUGGUGCUGGACCCCAGGAAGCUGGUGUCCGUAGUUACGACGAGCGUUUUUACGCUAGCUGUUGGGUUGACCUUGGCGAUUUGGAUGAAUGAAGCGGAGAGUAAGGAUAUGAUUGCGGCUACGGCGGCGUAUGCGGCUGUUUUGGUGGUGUUUGUGGGGGCAGGGACAACUGUUUGAGAUGGGGAGAGGAUGAAAAAGGUGUGGGGUUAGGAGUAGGAUAGACGAGUUUAGGAAGUGUGCUAUUGAAACCGAUCACUGG